AAUCACCAUCUGGCGAUGGGUCAGAUGACUCCCAAUACUUUUAAAAAGUACCUCGCCGGGAGCUCACUGGAUGACAGUGGCGAGCCCUGGCUUCCUGGGCAGGCGGCACGAGAGAGGGCAGAUCUGGUUCUGGUUCAAGACCCUUCACAUUCCCCCCACCACCCCGCGGCUGAGUUUAGCCGAGUUUUCAUUUUCCACCUUCUCCACCUUCAGCUAAGGCCACCGCUCUCUCUGGUGGAGAGAGGGCUUCCCACUGGGGGUCUUACAGGCUUGGACCGCUGGAAACUUCGAGAGGUGUUUUUUGUCUUUUUAAAAGUCCCAUUUUGGAGAAGGGGGUGCGGGGAGGUGGUAAGGAUGAGAAACACCAUUCUUCAGCUCUGCCUGUGGAGCGCCUAUUGUUGCUUUGCCAUGAGAGACCCCACACCCCUUGGUCCAGAGGGACGGCUGCAAGAUGAGUUCGACAAAUCCAGGGUGGUACCGACUGCUGCCAAACCCCCUGUGAGAUUUAACCUCCGCACCUCAGAGGACCCAGAGGAUGAAGGAUGCGAUCUCUCCCUUGGCCACAGCCAGCCCUUAGAGGACUGUGGCUUCAACAUGACAGCCAAAACCUUUUUCAUCAUUCACGGAUGGACGAUGAGUGGCAUGUUUGAAAACUGGCUGUACAAACUGGUGUCAGCCCUGCAGACAAGAGAGAAAGGAGCCAAUGUCGUGGUGGUGGACUGGCUCCCACUGGCUCACCAGCUUUACGUAGAUGCGGUCAAUAACACAAGGGGUGUGGGACACAGCAUCGCACAGAUGCUCGACUGGCUUCAGGGUAAGGAGGACUUUUCUCUUAGGAAUGUUCACUUGAUUGGCUACAGCCUCGGAGCUCACGUGGCCGGGUACGCGGGCAACUUCGUGAAAGGCACGGUGGGCAGAAUCACGGGUUUGGAUCCUGCUGGGCCCUUGUUUGAAGGGGUGGACAUCCACAAGAGGCUGUCCCCUGACGACGCAGACUUUGUGGAUGUCCUGCACACCUACACGCGCUCCUUUGGCUUGAGCAUCGGCAUUCAGAUGCCAGUGGGUCACAUCGACAUCUACCCCAACGGGGGUGACUUCCAGCCAGGCUGUGGACUCAAUGAUGUUUUGGGGUCGAUUGCAUAUGGAACCAUUGCAGAGGUGCUGAAAUGUGAGCAUGAGCGGGCAGUACAUCUUUUUGUCGACUCCCUGGUGAAUCAGGACAAGCCGAGCUUUGCGUUCCAGUGCACAGACUCCAACCGCUUCAAAAAGGGAAUCUGUCUCAGUUGCAGGAAGAACCGUUGUAAUAGCAUCGGCUACAAUGCCAAGAAAACAAGGAACAAGAGGAACAGCAAAAUGUACCUAAAAACCCGGGCGGGCAUGCCUUUCAGAGUUUACCAUUAUCAGAUGAAAAUCCAUGUCUUCAGCUACAAAAACAUGGGAGAAACAGAGCCCACCUUUUAUAUCACCCUUUAUGGCACCAACGCAGACUCCCAGGUUCUGCCUUUGGAAAUGGUGGAGCAGAUCGGGCUGAAUGCCACCAACACCUUCCUGGUCUACACCGAGGAGGACUUGGGAGACCUCCUGAAGAUCAAACUCACAUGGGAGGGCAAGUCUCAGUCCUGGUACAACCUGUGGAAGGAGCUUCGCAGCUACCUGACUCAGUCCCAUGGCUCCAAGCAGGAGCUGCAUAUCAGACGCAUCCGGGUCAAGUCUGGGGAAACCCAGCAGAGAUUGACUUUUUGUGCAGAAGAUCUUGAGAACACCCUUAUAUCGCCUGGCCAAGAGCUCUGGUUUCACAAGUGUCUGGAUGGCUGGAGAAUGAAAAAUGAAACCAGUCCAACCAUGGAGCAUCUCUGAGGGUGCCUGCAGGGCCCCCCACCCACCCGACUUCCAAGCCCGUGGAGGGACGUUACAGCGGAGGAGCCACCUGAUGGGAGGACCCGGCUUGACCCUGUCCCUGGAGCACUGGGAAGAGCCCGCUCGCGGGGCGGCUCUGUGCCUCCCGCGAAGGCUGGGACUUCUCGCCAGAGGGGAGCGCCACCGCCAUGCCUGCUGACCCCACUGCUGCUCUAGGACUGCCCUCCCUCCAGGUCCUUGAGCAAAGGGCCGCCGCCCGACCUCUGCGCCCACCAGGCUGGUUUCUCAGUGACAGCAUGAGCCUGUGCUUCACCUGACAAGGGUCAUGGGCUCUGAGCGCCUCUAUGUGGAAGGCUGUCCACUGCCUGGCCUCACCUGACUUGAGUGAGAGGUCUUUCUGCUGGGAGCAGGCUGGUGUCAGGACCUGGGACCUUGUUCACCCAGGGAGGGGAGAGUAGGUCUGGGAGGUGCAGAAACUCUAACUCUUGUGGUUCAGUGGGUAACUGGUAAUAUGUCCCAGUUAUAUUUUACUCCGUCCUGCUCCCCAACUUCCUCUCUAAAGCACAUAUCAUUGGCUUUCUUAUUUUUUUCAUUGCUCAUUUUUUGAUUGGACAAAUACUUGCUAAGCACUGACAGUUGGCAGGUGGCAGUAGACAGGUGAGGUGGAGAAGGAAAUGGCAACCCACUUCAGUGUUCUUGCCUUGAGAAUCUCAGGGACAGGGAAGCCUGGUGGGCUGCCAUCUAUGGGGUCACACAGAGUCAGACACGACUGAAGGAACUUAGUAGGAGUAGACACCUUAGUAAAUUUCUGCAGACCCUCUCCUCAUUUGAAGCCUAAUGGGUUUGGGAUGUCUAGACUCCCUUCCAGUUUAGAUGAUCCAUGGCUAUGCACAAGGGACACUGAGGGGCUAUAGGAUGUAAGAGUUGGAUGUAAGACCCUGAGGCUUCAAGUGGUUUCUACCUAUUUCUUCGUAGUUGACAUGCAUCCUCCUUCAGAGUGACAUCUUUGAUCAUCAGCAGUGUCAUACGUCUUGGGGACAGAAUGGUGACCAAUUGCUGGAUAUGAUUGGCAAAAUCUCUUCUGUGUAGGAAGAUGGGAGGGGAUUCCAGCACACAGCAGAUGCCAAGAUGUAAUUAAUGCCAUCCUUGUUCCUUCUUGAAUUAUCUUGUUCAAAUACCAGUGCCCUUUCUGUGCUGAACUUC